CUCCUGAGCUACCCUUCUUUUAUGCGUUCCCCCCCAGCCCUGUGAUUACCGGGUUGCUUACCGGGCCCUCCUUCCUCAGAUUGUACCCCUUUCCUUGUGUCUCUUCCUGUCUUUGUGUCGGUUGUGAUUUUCCUAAUCUCUGAUUUUCCCUUUCUCUCGGACCCUCUCCCUCUUCGGACCCAUUUUCUCCCGUGCUUCAUGCCGAUAGCCUGGCCCUUUCCCCGCUUCCUUUGCUAUCCGGGACGCCUCUAGUUUUUCUGAAUUUCCGGCUGGCUCCACACUCCGCGUUCAUCUUCCUCAAGAGUUCACCCCUCUGGGGGCUCCUCUGUGUAAUCGUCGCCUUCUCUGGGUAUCUCUAAACAGUGACCCAGAGACAGGUGGACAAAGAAUUUGGGGACUGACGGGAACUGAGCUUGGGAUCCAGACUGAAACUGAUUCCAGACUGACCUCUAGCACCCAAGACCCGGACACAGGGCCAUGGGACCCCAGCAUUUGAGACUUGUGCAGCUGUUCUGCCUCCUAGGGGCCAUCUCCACUUUGCCUCGUAUGUCCUGUGGGGCUAGAUGCUAUAAGACCCAGAAAGGGGCUGGAGCUCUUUUAUGCUAUGAAGCAACAGCCUCAAGAUUCAGAGCUGUUGCUUUCCAUAACUGGAAGUGGCUUCUGAUGAGGAACAUGGUGUGUAAGCUGCAAGAGGGCUGCGAGGAGACGCUAGUGUUCAUUGAGACAGGGACUGCAAGAGGAGUCGUGGGCUUUAAAGGCUGCAGCUCAUCUUCGUCUUACCCCGCGCAAAUCUCCUACCUUGUCUCCCCACCUGGAGUGUCCAUUGCCUCGUACAGUCGCGUCUGCCGGUCUUAUCUCUGCAACAACCUCACCAAUUUGGAGCCUUUUGUGAAACUCAAGGCCAGCGCUCCUAAGUCUAUCAUAUCUGCAUCCCGUAGCUGCCCGACCUGUGUGGGCGAGCACAUGAAGGAUUGCCUCCCAAAUUUUGUCACCACUAAUCCUUGCCCCUUGGCUGCUUCUACGUGUUACAGUUCCACCUUAAAAUUUCAGGCAGGGUUUCUCAAUACCACCUUCCUCCUCAUGGGGUGUGCUCGUGAACAUAACCAGCUUUUAGCGGAUUUUCAUCAUAUCGGGAGCAUCAAAGUGACUGAGGUCCUCAACAUCUUAGAGAAGUCUCAGAUUGUUGAUGCAGUAUCCUCCAGGCAAGGUCCUGCUUGGGGUGUCUUCUUAGGCCUCCUGUUUGCCUUCAGGGACUGACCAUCUAGCUGCACCUGACAAGCACCCAGACUCUUUCACAUAACAAAUAAAAUAGCAGAGUUCCCUUU